AUGAAAGAGUUUAUCUUUAUGGGCGCGCCAACAGAAGAAACAAGUACAGAAGCGGCCGAGCACUCGGCAACAAACACAGUAGACGAUGCGGCAGUAACAAACAAAACAACAAUAAAUAAAAAACCAACCACACACCGUAUAGCUCUUGGAGAUGUCACACAUAAUAAUUUAGGACAACUUAAACGUGAAAAGUUUUAUAAAGACGUAUUAGAAGUUGGAGAAUUUGCUAAGCUUGGUAAAAUAGAAACAUAUUUCAACGACAUAUGUGUUGGUGCUGUUUGCUGUCGAAAAGAACCAAUCUCAGAUACCUCACCAGAACAAGCCAAACUUUAUAUAAUGACAUUGGGAGUUUUGGCGCCUUAUCGUAAUCUCGGAAUAGCACCAUCCACACCAAAAUUUACCGAGAUAUAUCUUCAUGUUCAAGUUUCUAAUGAAGAGGCAUUAGCAUUUUAUAAAAAAUAUGCUUUUGAAAUUGUAGGAACAGUGGAAGGAUAUUAUAAGAGAAUAUCACCAUCAAACGCGUAUGUAUUGAGUAGAAAAUUGCAAGAAUGCUUAAAUUCACUUUUAAGUGAAUAUAUUGGUAAAAAGUCAUUAAUCCCAAUGGAUAGGCCUGCAAAAUUUCGUGAAGAAGCUAUUCGAAAUCUAACGAAGCAACUUUUAAAAACAUUCAGUCUGCAAGAUUCUAAGCAAUGUCAACUUUUUAAAGAAACAUCUCAAAAUAUUAAAGAAAGGUUUCAACGCUUUUUUGAAUGUUAUGAUAUAGGAAAGGAUCGAUUAAAAAACAUUUACAAACAACAUUGA